UCCGUCAAGUUCAAAAUCGGAACGCGGUAUCGCACGAACAUACCGUGCACAAACAUUUUGGUGAAUUUCACAUCGAGGUAUACUCACAGCACUGCGUCGCUAACAGGGAUUCGUCAUUGUUUGUAUAAACGAAAAGUGCAACAUCGCUUGGAACAUGGACGAAUAUGUGUACGCGAGUUCCAUUGGGACUCCUAAGGAUUAAUCGAAAGAUACCAUCGCAAGCCAACGAUAUGUGACGAGUUGUUCAAUUUCGAUAUACUUUUGUCUCUUGUAACCUUCAUCGCGUAUUGCCUGAUCAGGAUUAAGGACACUUGACGAUGUUUGACAGCGACACUGACAGCUGGUAUGAUUGGAAGAGAGGAAAUGAUAUUAAUGAGAUGCACGGCGUAAACAAUGCCGAGACCAGAAACAGUGUAUGUAUGAUCAGUUCCGAUCGUUUGAAAAAUUUUCCAUCGGACGAUGGUGAAAGAAGAACAUCUCGAAGCAAUGGUAUGAUUCGUUGCGAUGCAAUUCCUGCGAGUUCUAGAUCAAAUACGGAAGUUCGAUUCAUCAAUCCGGCAAUUUACGCGGAGACAUUAAACGACCAAGACGUGGAACACGAGGUUGAAAUUCAAGUGAAAGUCGGAACGAAGAAUGAUGGAAUUGUCGUAGCAAAUUGCGGCGAUUCCGCGGAGAUGUGCGAUAUGAUGUCCACGAUGUCUCUCAACAAUGACCUGGCCGCCUCGUUCAUGAACUAUGCCGGUGACCAAGGUUCCGCUCAAGAAACGUAUCGUUGUUAUUCCUUAAAUUCCCCGGACACAUCCGCAUCCUUACAAUCCGGUAUUAUCCGUUCCAAGUCCGUGAUAUCGUAUGGAGCUCCGAAUCAUAUCGAAAGGCGAUGUAGGAUUACCGAUAGUGCGGACAAUAGCAAAGAGCGUUGUUGUAGCAGGCAAAUCGACUCGGAAGUGCAAAGGUACGCGUUUAACGGGCACCGAGUCGUGCAAGUUUCUACAUCGUCGAUAUCCAGUAUCAGAAUAUCGGAGAACAGAUCGAACGCGUCGGAUGUCGUGAAGAAGAUCACGUACAGCGAGUGGAUUCGAAGGAAGCAAGAAUUAACGCGACGACGGAAGGAGGAGGAAGAUCUGGCUGAGAGGCAGAAGCAAAUCGAGGCGGAGAGAUUGAUCCGUGAAAAGGAGGAAAGGGAGAGCAGGGAGAAGGAGAAUUUCGUGAAGUGGUCCGAGAGGAAGAAGAAGGAAGAGGAGCAAAAGAAAGCUGUAGUGGGGAAAGAAUUGGAAUUGCAGAAGCAACUGAAAGAAGUCGAGGAUAAGGCAUCCGUAGUGAAGACUUUGUAUCUUCGCCAAUGGGCUCGUAAGAAGAAGGAAGAGGAAAAAGCGCGUCAGAAGAAAGAAGAAAUGAACCGGAAACGGGUAGAAGAAGAGAGGAAGAAGAGACGGGAAGACAGCACGAAAGCGUACGAGAAUUGGCGGAAGAUGGCGAAGAAUAAACCAAGGCCUGCCACGCAGGGACUUUUACCUCAUCAAAAAGCCAAGCCAACGUAUGUGAAUCCCACGCCAUGGCAGCGAAUCGUCGAGGAUGCCGAGGACCUCGAGGAAGAUGAACUCAGCGUGGGGAAAAAAGCACGAAGUCAGCCGAAGAUUAGCAGUAAGAGAAGUGCUAUGUCUUAUCAGUGAUUACUUCGUCGAAUAAUCAGAAUUU